GGCAACGCGGGCGCACCGUUCCCGUCCCGCCCCAACCCACCCCAACCCACGGUGGCCCGGGAGCUGCGCCCAGGGCUCGGCGCGGGCGGCCCCACAGCAGCACCGUGCGUCUCAGUCGGCGGGCGGCAGUAGCGCCCCCUCGCAGAGCCCCGCUCGCUCCCGCCCCGGCUCCCUCUCAGUCGGUCUGUCUGUCGGGCCCGCCCUCCCCCCUUGCUCCCUCCUCCCUCGUGCUCCUCCCGGGGUGCUCGGCACAGCCUCGGAUUGCUUCCUCCCGGAGUCAGUUUCCCUCUCGGAGGUGGCGGGCAAGGCACUGGCAGCGGCAGCGGCGGCGGCGUGGGGAGCAUCUCCGCGGCCACCGCGUUUCUCCCGCUGGAGCGGGCGUCCAGCUUGGCUGCCCCUCGGCCCUUCCCUGCCGCGUCUCGGGGCGUCCUGCGCCCCCCGCCCGGACUCGCUUCUCUCCGAAGCGGGCGGGGCGCUUGCGGGGUCCCGCCGCUCUCCACCCGGCUCCCGGGGCAAGCGCGCCCCAGAGGCAGGCGCUCUCCGGGACUCCUGCCCCGCCAACCCUGACCGCCGGGGGGUGCCCCAGGGACGCUGCGCCGCGGAGAGAAGGAGGCAAAGGGGACCAUGCGGCGCCUGACUCGCCGCCUGGUGCUGCCGAUCUUCGGGGUGCUCUGGAUCACCGUGCUGCUGUUCUUCUGGGUAACCAAGAGGAAGUUGGAGGUGCCGACGGGACCUGAAGUGCAGACCCCCAAGCCUUCGGAUGCUGACUGGGAUGACCUGUGGGACCAGUUUGAUGAGCGGCGGUAUCUCAAUGCGAGAAAGUGGCGCGUUGGUGAGGACCCCUACAAGCUGUACGCUUUCAACCAGCGGGAGAGCGAGCGGACCCCCAGCAAUCGGGCCGUCCCAGACACUCGCCAUUCCAGAUGCACCCUGUUGGUGUAUUAUACGGACCUCCCACCCACCAGCAUCAUCAUCACCUUCCACAAUGAGGCCCGCUCCACCCUGCUCAGGACCAUCCGCAGCGUGUUAAACCGCACCCCUAUGCAUCUGAUCCAGGAAAUCAUAUUAGUGGAUGACUUCAGCAAUGACCCCGAUGACUGCAAACAGCUCAUCAAGUUGCCCAAAGUGAAAUGCCUGCGCAACAACGAGCGGCAAGGUCUGGUCCGGUCCCGGAUUCGGGGUGCUGAUGUUGCCCAGGGCACCACUCUGACUUUCCUUGACAGCCACUGUGAGGUGAACAGGGACUGGCUCCAGCCGCUGCUGCACCGGGUCAAAGAGGACUACACGCGGGUGGUGUGCCCCGUGAUCGACAUCAUUAACCUGGACACCUUCGCCUACAUCAAGUCCGCCUCAGAGCUCAGAGGGGGGUUUGACUGGAGCCUCCACUUCCAGUGGGAGCAGCUCUCGCCAAUGCAGAAGUCUCAGCGCCUGGACCCCACGGAGCCCAUUAGGACUCCGAUCAUAGCUGGAGGACUCUUCGUGAUCAACAAAGCCUGGUUCAAUUACCUGGGGAAAUAUGAUAUGGACAUGGACAUCUGGGGCGGGGAGAACUUCGAAAUCUCCUUCCGAGUGUGGAUGUGCGGGGGCAGCCUGGAGAUCAUCCCCUGCAGCCGGGUGGGGCACGUCUUCCGGAAGAAACACCCGUAUGUUUUCCCAGAUGGAAACGCCAACACAUACAUAAAGAACACCAAGCGGACAGCAGAAGUAUGGAUGGAUGAAUACAAGCAGUACUAUUAUGCUGCCCGGCCCUUUGCCCUGGAGAGGCCCUUUGGGAGCAUUGAGAGCAGAUUGGACCUGAGGAAGAAUCUGCGCUGCCACAGCUUCAAGUGGUACCUGGAGAAUGUGUACCCAGAACUCAGAGUCCCCAAGGAUUCCUCCAUCCAGAAGGGCAAUAUCCGACAGAGGCAAAAGUGUCUGGAAUCUCAAAAGCAAAACAACCAAGACAUCCCAUACCUAAGGCUGAGCCCCUGUGUCAAGUCCAAAGGCAAGGAAGCAAAGUCCCAGGUGUGGGCCUUCACAUACACCCAGCAGAUCCUCCAGGAGGAGCUGUGCCUGUCAGUUGUCACCUUGUUCCCUGGUGCUCCUGUAGUUCUUGCCCUUUGCAAGAAUGAAGAUGCCAGACAGCAAUGGACCAAGACCGGUUCCCGCAUCGAGCACAUAGCAUCCCGCCUCUGCCUAGACACGGACAUGUUCGGUGAUGGCACUGAGAACGGCAAGGAAGUCGUUGUCAACCCGUGUGAGUCCUCACUCAUGAGCCAGCACUGGGACAUGGUGAGCUCUUGAGGACCGUUGCCAGACACAGCGUGGCCCUCGCGUGGCGCUUCCCUGGACCAGAACAGACUGGAGCAGCCCACGAUGACCCCAGACACCCUGACUGGGAGGUGGAGGCAGAGCCCCCAGUACAGGGGCAGCUGUCUCAGGGAGGAAACGAUCGCAAGGCAGUGGGGCUCAGAGACAAAUCCCACGUGUUCCCAGUGCUGUCAAGUUCCAGCGCUGGCCAGCUCUCCCCCCGAGCGAUAUCUGGACACAGAUCUGAUGGGAAGUGUGUGUUGUUCCCUUUCUUACAAAAGAGGCACCGUGGCGGCAAGAGAGAAAAAACCUCCUUGUCACCAGGCCAGGACUAAACAGAGAGAUGAAGAAUGAGGGUUUUUUCCAAAACAAAUAAAAAUAACCUUAGAAGUUGUCUCUGG